AUGGUCAAGUACAAAUAUCAACCCCCCCUCACGCAUAGACAACGGGGGCCUGGGCUUAUUCUUAUAUUAUCCGAGAGCUACCCAAGCACAGCUGCGUCCGGGAGUGGGAAACAUCACUUGGACCCUCUACCUGCCCAAAAAUGGGCGGAAGAAGGAUUCUGCGUCCUAUCGGUGCCUGCCUCUAAAAACGUCGACUGGCAAUUGGCCAUGCCUAUUGUCGUCGCUGCUUUGGAACAGGCAAAAGAGUUGGAAAAGGAUAAGGCUUUCGGGUUGAUUGUUUACGAAUCGGAUUUGGUGAAUGCCGUGCUACAGCAUGUUUCUUCAGCGGAAAAGAUAUCGUGCAUUGUAGCAUACGCCAAUUCCGAUAUCAAUGCGUCAGCCGGCCGACCUCUCUUGCAACACAUUGCAAGUGGAACCGCCACGCCAAACAAGGAAAGCUCGGCGACACUCUACAGAUACGCUCUAUCCGGAUCGAGCUUUGUCCACCCGUGUUCUUCGAGUUACAAUCACACCCAAGCGACCUUGGCGCAUACCAGAACUUUAACAUUCUUGCGCACACACAUAGGAGGACCGGUGUUCGAUCUCGAGUCUAUUUGGGAGGCGCAUACACAGUUCGAGUUUGAAGGACGGGAUGUGGAUGCUACGAUGAGCACCAUGGUGGCCGAACCGUAUGUGAAUCAUAUCCCGACGCUUACGGGCGGCAUUGGACGAAAGGCCUUGACAUGGUUCUAUGCGCGGCAUUUCAUCCAUUCCAACCCGGAUUCGACAAAGAUGGAACUUGUGAGCCGGACGCUCGGGCCUGACCGAGUGGUGGACGAGUUUGUAUUUGAGUUUGUCCAUGAUAGGGUGAUGGAUUGGAUUCUUCCAGGGAUACCACCCACUGGAAAAUAUGUCAAGGUUCCUUUUGUAGCGGUGGUCGGGUUUGUUAUCUCCCUUAACUCGCUAAUAGUAGUCGAAUAUACUAGGGAUCAGGCAUCGGUGUUGGUUCAGAUUGGGCUUUUACCUGAAAAGUUAGCGUUUCCUGGGACAACUAACGAAAUCAGGCUCCCGGUCGCUGGGAUUGAGCAGGCGGAGAAGAUGGCUGAUCCAAGGUCAAAGGAGAGCAACCACUUGAUCAAAGCCGGAGCGCCUGGGCGUAUUUAA